AUGUUACCGAGUAGCCAGUUCGCUAACUUCAGGCAAUUUUACAGUUUGUGCAGUUUGUGCUACUCAUGAAAAUAAGUCUCCUUUUUUAGAAUAACGUCACCUUAAAGCAUUUCUGGUUUAAGUGGCACAUCUCGUAUACUCAAGCACUCGAGCAGUUGAGCAUCAUGGCGUCAUAUAUCUGAAACGAGAAUGACAGGAAUGCUUUAAAGAAUGUACAGCCCAAAAGAGCUGGAGGGGGAGGUUGACCAUUCUUUUUUUGACAGUGACUGUGACGGUGAAGAUGGUCAAAAUCAGAACCAUGGGAACACAGAGAGCAAACACCAAAGUUCAGGCAGUAAUGCAGUCCCUCAUGGUGACCGGUCCUCAAAUGAGUUUUCAAUUAAAGACAAAAGGGAUGAAAACAGCUCUCAGGUAGAGGAUGCGUCCACUGACCGGAAGGAGACCAGAAAGCCUGGAUCAGAAGUGGAGGACUGUAAUGGUGAGGAGAAAAGGGCUGCUUCUGACUCGGCGAGUACCAGAGGAACUGAAGAGAAGGAUGGUGCUGCAAGAACAGAACGUGGGAGUGAGAUAAGGGGUGGCGUUUCCUCAAGAAAGUUCUCUGAACAAAGGGCAGCAGAUAAUACUGUGGUGCAUGAUGGAUGUGCAGAAACAGCACAUGAGAUGGAAAAAGGACAUUUGGAAAAGGAUGUUGAUGAGGCAAAUGGAGGUAGAUCAGCUUUACUGAAAGCUAGUGGUGAACAUGAUGGCUCAAACAUUGGAGAAGAGGACAACAGGCAGGAGCGGAGCCACGGGAGGUCAACAGCGGACACUGGGAGCCGGUGCUCCAGUGUGUCGUCACUUCAUUCUGGCCAGGAAAGAGACUCCGAAGACGACGAGUGUCCACGUUCGAGGAGUCCCUCCGACGGGUCGAGACUUUCCUCGACAGACGAGAGGGAGCUGGAGGACUUUGAUGACCCUGAUGAUUAUGUUCUCGAUGACCUCGACGUCAAUGCCAAUGAGGAUGGAUACCAGCGGAGCGACGAGUCAGGGGGCAGUGACGAGGACAGACCCCCAGAGCCUCCACCGCCAAGACAUAAGCCCCAGCCGUUGCAGGGCACGCCGAGGAAGUCCAGUGGAAAAUUCCGGAAGCACAGCCCUCGGCCUUCCUCCUCCUCUGAGCUGGAGAGCUCUUGCAGUAGCGACGCAGAGGGCUACGGCUCCUCCUCCUCCGAGCUCUCGCCCCCCAGGAGAGCCCUGGCAGCCCUGGCGACGUCGUCCCCCAGACGGAGACCCCGGCUGGGCUCAGCGCCUGGCGGGGAGAGGGCCCGGGGCCCGCAGAGACCCGCGCUGGAGUCAGAGGACACAGUGACUGACGUCACGCCGCUCUCCACCCCUGACAUGAGCCCUGCACAGUCCUUCGACCUACCUGUGUUUGCUGAGAAAGCCGAGGAGCCACUAGCAACAGCAGCUGCAGCCACAACCGCAUGGGCCGGUGAAAAACCAAAGCAGCACAAUGUCACCGUCGACCUGAAUGUGACUGCCGAGGACGACUCAAAAAGGGAGGAUUCAGAUCAAGAAGACAUUUUCCCCAUGGAGACGAAGGAGACCAGUUCCCUGGACCAGAGUGUGAGGCUGGAAGAUCACGUAGAUAAACCCAUGAGCGCCGACCCAGAAGUAGAGCACUCCCAGGUGAGCUCGGCCCGUGAGCACAGCCUGCUCAGCAUCGGCAGCACACAGAGCGACGGCCGGCAGCAGCGCCGCAACUUCAGCUUCCGCAACGACGAGGUGAGGCGCAUCGACCGCGAGAACCAGCGGCUGCUGCGCGAGCUGUCACGGCCCUGCCCUCGCUCGCGCUCCGCCAGCACCAGCGCCGGCUCGGCCCACACGGGGCCCAGCUGCGGCCCACGCCGGGCCAGCGGCCCCCCGGCGCCCCCCCGCCUCUACCACAGCGCUGUCAACCGCCAGCGAGACCAGAAGCGCAUCGAGAGGGAGAACCUGGCCCUCCUGAAGAGACUGGAGUCGGUGAAGCCCAGCAAAGGCAUAACACGGACAGAGCAGCUGGCAGACUAUCAGCGCCAAGCCAGAUACCUGUGCACUCCCCUCCCGACCUCUACCAUCGAGGACUACCACUCCAAACUAGAGACAUCUCUCUCCAAAAGUUCACAAGGGAGGAGCAGCAGGCCUUACAGUGCAGGUGUGCGGCUGGGCCCCAGGCCUGGCUCUCGCCCUUCUCCUGGCCCCACCAAGCCCAGCCGCAGCACCACCCCUCGGCCUGCCUGGUCCUGAGGGACCGCGGCCACCCGCCACCCGCCAAAUGUCCACUGGGUGAAAUGAGUUCACCAUGCCAAUCCCUCCUAGACCGUCGCAAGGUCAGGAAGUUACCAGGGUAGAUGUCAGCUUGUGCCACUGGUCUUAAAUGUUGGGAUCACAAUACCAUUCCUGUCAGUUUACAAUCCUACUUAGUUCAGUUGAGUUAUUAUUGCCUUUCUUGGUCCUGGUUUAAAAGAUGUGUGCCGUAAUAUUGCCAUUAACAGAGUAAAGCUCAGCUGGUUUGAUCUCCUGUGUUUUUACCCCGUAGAAUUUACCAUGUGAGACUCUAUAGAAAUAUGUAUGGUGAAUCAUCUAGGAAAAUCCAACCAAACUAGUGCUCUGUGUUUGCAUGUGCACCGAUGCAUUGCUUCAGGUAUCCUAAACCUUCUAUCUGCAGCUUCGUAGGUGGUACCAAUAUGUGACUCACACAGCCUUUGUGUCUUGGUGUCAAAAGCUAAAAGCCACACUUUUUGCCCCAUUUUGUACAGAUGUAAUUUGGAAAGAAAGAGAUAUAUAAAUUAAUAUUUAUGUACAUCGUGUUGGUAGGUAUGACCAACAAAUUAGUGAUCAUGGGUGAAAGUAGAAACAAAUUUUAUAUUGUG